AUGACCGACAAGCAGCACUGGCUCCCGAUUACGCGGGAAAACAUCCAAACGGCCCAUUCUCUGGUCAAGCCGUACAUCUACGAAACCCCGGUUCUCACCUCCAAGACCCUCAACUCGCUCGCUUCGACCCCGCAGACGGCGGAUGCCUUGAGAGGGACUCCGUUCGAGGGCCAACAGGCUGCUCAUCCAAAGAUUAACUUCUUCUUCAAAUGCGAGAACUUCCAGCGUAUCGGUGCAUUUAAGGUGCGUGGGGCAUUUCAUUCCAUUCUACGCGUGAUCCAGAUCAAGGGUGAGGAGGAGGUGAGGAAGCGUGGUGUCAUCACACAUAGCUCUGGAAAUCAUGCACAGGCUGUUGCCCUCGCUGCAUCGGCUCUCUCCAUCCCCGCUUAUAUCAUCAUGCCGUCUAUAUCUAUCCCGUCCAAAAUUGAAGCCACUAAGGGGUAUGGUGGGAAAGUUGUUUUCUCCGGCUCCACGAGCGACGAGCGGGAAGAAGUCAUGCGUAAGGUCCAAGAGGAAACUGGAGCUAUCUUGAUCCAUCCCUAUGAUCACCCUGAUACCAUUCUCGGCCAGGGAACCGCUGGUCUCGAACUAGAGGCCCAGGUAAACAAGCUAGUCUCUGAAGACCCUAGACUUAGUGUACGUAAGAGCCGGGAUGGGAAAGGAUACGGUUUGGAUGCAGUCAUCACCCCUCUGGGAGGAGGUGGACUGAAUUCUGGAACUGCCUCAUUUUUCUCUGAGCCACGGGAGGGUGGAAAGAAGAUUCACGUCUUUGGUGCUGAGCCGUCUUUCCAGGGCGCAGAUGAUGCCCGUCGUGGUCUCAAAGCUGGUGAAAGAAUCCCGAUCGUCAAGUCACUUACUAUCGCUGACGGGCUGAGGACUCCCCUUGGUGAGAUCGCUUUCGGUAUUCUCUCCGAUCCCACCAAGUCCCGUGGCGUGUUCAGCGUGACAGAAGAGCAGAUCAAGAGCGCGAUGAGGCUAGUCGUCGAGAGGAUGAAGAUAGUCAUCGAGCCCAGUGCGGCUGUUCCCCUAGCUGUCUGCCUCUUUGACGAAGAGUUCAGACGCAUUGUUGAGCGGGAAGGCGGCGACGAUGGUUGGAAUGUUGGAGUCAUUUUCUCCGGAGGAAACACGACCAUAGAAGCCGUGUCUCAGCUUUUCACUAUAUCUUGA